AUGAUGUUAUUUGUUCGUUUCCAACAUGAUCUUACACAGAGGAUCUACAAAGAGGACCUUCAUGCAGCCAUGAGUGUCGUAACUUAUUUCAAGGUCCAUAUUAUCAAUGUGACAGCUACCAACAUCUUCAACAAGAAGGGGAAGGUUCCAGACGCAUACUUGAAGCUGGCAUGGGACAAGGAGUUCAAGACAGUGGAGACAGAGACGGGGAAGGUAGACGGGAGCGGCAGGACGAGCUGGGAGAAAACGUUUGGGAAGGGAGGCCUGAACUUCAAGUACGAGACCAAGUACGCUGGUCAACUGAUGAGCAAGAGGUUUGUGAUAGAGUGCUGGGACAAGAACUUCUUCUCCGACGAGUUCAUCGGGAAGGCUGAGCUCGACCUGCACACCAUGGCCACAGGGCCAAGGAGGGUCAAGAUGGUGAUCAAGAAGCCUGACGGGAUGCCGGGGGGGAACUUAGACGUGCUUGCCAACGUGAUGCACACUACGUACGUGAAGAUCGAGCUCGCAGACGUGCAGGUCGACCUGAGGAUGAAGGAGAGCUUCAGCAUGCAGUACUUCUGCAGCCUGACCAGCACGCGGGCCAAGACGACAGCAUCCCACAUGCCCCCGCCUAUGAGGUGGAAGAGACUAGAGGAUAUCACCAUCUUCGCGUCCUUGGAGGAGCUGUGCGAGAGCUUCGUGGUGUUUGAGUUCUCCAUUGAGGGGGUUGUGCAUGCGGUGGGGCAGGUGGCUCUUGUUAGGAUCCUGGCGGGGAUAGAGGAGUACAGCGAGAGCGUGCAGUACCCGUUCACGGAGGCGGUGAGGGACUUCGGGGAGAGCAGGGGGCAGCGGGUGGUUGGGAGCAUCUCGGGGAAGAUUGUGCUCAGCAACCUUCCUUUCUUCUCCCAGCUGACGGAGGAUGCGAUGCUUGACGAUGCUGGGAACGUGGUGGGAGGGCUCAGACUACUUCCUUUCUCGCCUCUCCCGGCUGUGCUGAGCAAGAGCGGAGCGAGGGUCGUUGCGCGCUUCAGCAAGGAGAGGUUGCGGAAGAAGGAGGAGAAGAAAGAGGAGAGAGAUGAAGAUAUCCUUGCUAAAGAGGUGAGCGCUAUCGGAAUCGAUGGGUGGAACCCGCAUCAUUCGCCUGAUGAGACACAGCAACAACAACAACAACAACAAUACUACAACAACAACAACAACAACAACAACAACAACAACAACAACAACACUCAUGACAGCAACACGUACAACAACACUUACAACAACAACAACAAUGGAGACAACGGAGACAACACGUACCUCGUCCAUGGAUACAACACCCAUAACAGUGAUGCUGCGCCCCAAUGGAAUCAACAAGUGACAAAUCCUCAUGGAGUCAUGCCAGUCUACGAUGCUCCUCCCGCCGCGUUCAGGCAGGACGACCUGUCAAACCUUGUCAGCUUCACUCCCAACAUGCACCAUGAGCACAACAUGAGGAGCGAGGUGAAGGUUGAUGGGUUUGACGUCGGCAAUGCAAGCAACGUGAGAGUUUGUGCUGGGGUGUGA